AUGGGACCGACCCCGGACCUCGACCUCAACACCUCCGCUUGGCUCCGCCCCUGCGUCAACGCCUCCUGCCAGCCUCCCAUCACAGCGGCGACCCACUACAGCACCACCCAGCUGACCCUCAUCGUCACGGUGACCGCCUCCCUCAGCGUGGUCACCGUCCUCGGCAACACGCUGGUGAUCUUGUCCAUCAAGGUGAACCGCCACCUGCGGACCGUCAACAACUACUUCCUGCUGAGCCUGGCGGUGGCCGACCUGAUCAUCGGCCUGCUGUCCAUGAACCUGUACACACUGUACCAGCUGCAGGGCCGCUGGCCGCUGGGGGCAGCGCUCUGCGACGUGUGGCUGGUCCUGGACUACGUGGUGAGCAACGCCUCCGUCAUGAACCUGCUGGUCAUCAGCUUGGACCGCUACUUCUGCAUGACGCGGCCGCUCAGCUACCCGGCGUGGCGGACAGGUAGGAUCGCCGGCCUGAUGAUCGGCGCCGCUUGGCUGCUGUGCUUCAUCCUCUGGACCCCGACCAUCCUGUGCUGGCAGACCGCCGGUGGACGACGAGCCGUCCCCGAUGGAGCGUGCUACACCCAGCUGCUGGCCAGCCCGGCGGUCACCUUGGGGACGACACUUCCAUCCUUUUACCUGCCAGCGAUCGUCAUGAUCUGCCUGUACAGCCGCCUGUCGGCCGCCAGCCACAGCCGCCUGAGCGCGCUCCGUUCAGAGCAGGGCACGCUCAGGACGUCCAGCCCCUCCAUUAAAAACUUCCUGUUGAAGCGAUGGAGCUUGGUGAGCAGUGACCCCACCUCCGAUGUUUCUCUGAACCAGUCAGAGUCCAGCUCGCCAAAAACCAGAAGGAAACGGAAGGCCUCCAGGAGUCCUGUUGACACGCUGGUGACGGUGGACAGCUGGAGACACCCGGUAGGUACUGAACAACCUUCAGGAGUUUACAUCCUUAAAUUUUACCAUCCUGAGUGUCUGCACCGUAAAUCUGCUUUGUGUUGA